CCGUCAUUUGCUGAAGCCGUUUAUUCGUCAGCUACGAUAUCAGCCUCAUCAAGCAUCAAGGUUCGUGGCUACAUCUUCAAUGACUGUGUCAUUGUUGCAUUUAUCAAAUCAUCAGCGGUUGCUGACCCGUACAUGUCGACGUCAUUUUCUCGAAAAGGCGCAUCAUACGCAUCAGAACGACAAUGAAUCAGUCGUAGCACUCAUCAGCACAACUGGUUCGCGUUGAAAGAGUUGAUCGCGUGCUGACUUCAGUGUCGAUCCAUACUUUUCGAAUUUCGGAGCAAAUAGUUUUGUUGGUGUUGGUGGGCUGGGCAUUGUUCACACGAGAGCUCCUAUGAAACUUAGCUGAUGUACUUUAUAUCGGAGACGUUAAAUGUCGAGAAUCGACCAGCCAAGCAAAUGUGAAUGAAUAAACAUGCGUAUGGUCGCGAAAAUUGUAUCUUUCGAGACUCUUUCGACCAAGAAGUGCGGGGCAUACAUACAUUUGGCUCCAGAGCAGAUUCGAUCAGGGCAAUCAAAUGUCGAGCCUGAAUUAAUACGUGCAUCGAUACAAUAUUGGCAAGAGUAUUAUAAAUUUGGACACUUGGUUAACUUAACCCGCAAAUUAAGAGGUUUGACUGCAUAUCGUUUUUAUCGAGAAAGAAAUGAAAAUAAGUGAUAAAUUCAACCACCAUAUAGUAUUUUAAAA